GUACGCGUACAUGGUGUAUAUGGAAUUGGCUGAUAUAUGAACAUGCUGAGGACAUCAAUCAACUUUCUGGACGUGCUGGAUAAGCGAAAGUCGUCUCGCCCGUAUACCGAUACCCGUAAAAUUGCCUUACUCUUACCAUUGUCUUUGGUGGUCGUCUUGCUUCAUUUUGUAUCCUCAAGUUCGGCCAGCAAGUUGUAAAUACAGCUAAAAUGGCUAGGCCUGUCACAUCAACAUUCGGCGUCUUUCGGCACAGAAGAUGUCAACUUGUGCAAAAUCUGUUGCUGGUGGUCGCUGUCAUGAUUGUGCACAACAUGCUGGCUACUCAUCAUGUAUGGGCUGCCCAGUCAUUUCAAGAGGAGCCUAGCGACACAGCAGUAGUGAUAGGGGAAGCAGUAGUUGUCCUGAAGUGUAUCAUUGCCGAGAAAUCGGGUGAGCUGAUAUGGUUCAAGGGGGAAGAGUACAUUGCCAGCGACAUGGAUCUCACCAUUAGUAAAUAUCCAAGAUACUCGUUUGAGGGCAACACCUCCCUAGGUGAGUACAAUCUCCAGAUAGACAAUGCCAUCUUGGAGGAUGACGGGGAAUACCACUGUCAGGUGACUGCUACCACCGACAACCCUGUGAUAGCAUCCCGACGAGCCAGGCUCAUCAUCCAACGAAUUCCAUCCAUGAUGACCCUGCGUCCCAGCGAUCCCAUUCUCUCCGUCGUGGUGGGCGUGCCCACCAACCUGACCUGUGAGGCCACCAGCGCCAACCCGGCAGCCCAAAUCAAAUGGCUGCGAGGGGGUUCCGAGCUGUCCGCCACCUACCAGAGGACUUGGAAGGCCGGUGACCCUUCGGGGAAGCUGAUGAACGCUGCCAGUGCAUUGAAGGUGUACCCAGCCCUAGCUGAUCACAGCAUUGUCUAUGAGUGCCAGGUCUCACACAUGGCAAUGGCCACUCCCAGGACACUUGGGAUUACGCUGGACGUACAACAUGCCCCGGUUGUUGUUGUGGAGGCAUCCCAUACGCCCAUCCGAGAGGAUACCCCAGUCAUCUUCCGCUGUGUGGUGGAUGCCAAUCCCAGGAGGGUGUCGUAUUUGUGGGCCAAAAAUGGAGAGCCAAUAUCAGGUGCUGAAGAUAAUCAAGUUGAGCUUGUGAUCACUAAAGAAGACCACAUGGCAUCAAUCGCAUGUACGGCUGAAAACACCAUUGGAUCAGUGACUGGUAGCUUGACUACUCCAGUACUGUACGGUCCUCGAUUUUUGGAAGUCCCUGUCUCUGUGUCUGUGGAUGAGGAAGGUCCCGCCCAGAUGUCUUGCUCAGCUGAUGGCAACCCCACCCCUACCAUCAAGUGGACACGGCUGGGCUCUCGGGCCACCCUCAGCACCAUGCACAUCCUGCAGUUUGACCUGGUGCGGGAGAGCGACGUGGGCACCUAUGUCUGCAUAGCCACCGUGCCGGGCUUUGAACCCAUCAUGAGCUACGGCCGGGUGGACAUUAAUGCCAUUCCAGAGAUCAAAAGUCCCAGCCAGCAGACAGCCAAGCUGGAUGGCAAGGCUACCCUGGAGUGCUUCACUGACACCAAGCCGGACCCCUACCUGGCGAUGUGGACCUGGGACGAUCAGCAACUGGAGGAAGGGACAGUGGGACGUUUUACUGCCACAAAGCGAGAGGCGAACGGCGGCGUACUGAGUGAGCUAGUUAUUGAUGGGGUCACACCAGCUGACUUUGGUGUGUACAACUGCACCAUGAUGAAUGAAGUUGGAGACGUGUCCUUGUUGAUCACACUCAUACAGCAAGAUCUGGAUCUGAUUGUUUGGAUAAUAAUCGCUGUCAUCGGAACUUCUGCGGUUAUCUUUGUCUUGACCAUCAUCGUCAUGUUCUACUGCCGAAGAAAGUGGCAAAGGAGGAAGAAGGCCACAUCCCUCAACAAGGGCAAAGUCCAGCUGGAGAUCGUGCGGAAACUCACCACCGACGAUGACGACCAGAGGACCAACUCGGACAGCUACAGCUACAAUGCCACUCCCCCCAGCACCCCAGGGAAGCCACGCUAUGCCGAGCCGUACGAGUUCACCCGGGGGCGACGCGACUCAUUUGAUGACCCUCACUAUCGAGCUCCGAGGCGUCAGUCAGAUGGCUAUUCGUAUGACGGGAAUCACCCCGAUCGAUACCCUGAUAGAUACGCUGAAAAUGAGUAUUCUGAACCCAUCGUCCGUAGGAAGGUGGAUGAUGACCGAGUCUCAUACCAUUCAGACCGAUCGGAGGACUAUGGCCGUAGGGACCAUGGAGACAGUCGCUACGACGAUGCCAUGUAUGAUGACGAAGUCAAGCAGUACAACUCCAAGGAUCCCCGCUACGCCGAUGACACUCCCUACGACGACCAAAGCUAUGGUAACCGUAGCUACGAAGACAGCGAGGAGCGCAGCCAUGGUGACCGUCGCUAUGAUGACGGUUACUCAUAUGAGGAUAGCAGUCGCCGCUACAGCUACACAGGCUCAGAGGGGGGCUCUGAUGCCUCCCAGGUGGCUAGGAACAAACUGGCCACCAACGUGUGAUGACGGCAUCGGUGUGGCUUGGCUGCAGGAACUGAGCUUUGAAUGGUUCAAUUCAUCAUCAGUGUUCCAGGUUCAUUCAUUGAACGAUUUGAGCUCAUUUGAGCGAUUCAUUGCUCAGAGAUAGUUUUAUGCGGUGGCAGUGGUAUGACAAGAUUAAGUUUUUCAUCAGAAAUGGCAAAGGAAAUUUUGUUUCCGUGCACACAGUCGUACCUUUUUGACCAGGGCGAAAAAACCUGGCAACCAAAAAAUUAACACUUCCCUGAGAUAGAUUUGUAGGAAAAGUACUUGAUUUGUACCUGCUGUUUUGGGUCAGAAUCCUGCAAUUUGUCCCACGUUACGGGCCUUUGAUUUUCCUCAAAUGCCAGGCUCUUUCGCGCAUGCUCUCAUUUUACCAGCGGGAAGGGUGCUGAUCAAAGCUUCAGUCAGUUUUGCGGGUUCAGCAAGCUGUACAUGGGGGUGUUUGGAUUUGACAGCUUCAUCUUUGGCUGGAUCAAUCUGUUGUGCACGUGUAAAACACUAGCGGACUCUGACAAAUUGAUAUGUUCUUGCUCUAGAGGUAAGUGAAAACUUGCCAAAGUGUGACCUAGCAAGCACCUUACUUUUUCGUAGUGUUACUGGAAACCUGUGGUUUGGACGGUCCUUAGACAUGAAAUGUAAUCUGCAUGUAGUAAGACGCAAUCCUUACCGACAUUUUCUGACAUCGAUUCUGCGUUUCAAGGCAGGGCAAGACUUAAUAACUCUUUUUGUACUGAGGGCUCGCCACAGUAGGCCAAUCACUGGUUGGUGAAAACUACAAUUGUAACAUAAGCACAUGAACAGUCAGUAUUGCUGCUGUACUGUACAUUAAAGUCAUGCAUGGAGUUACCACAAUGCCGCCCCACUACUGUCAUGUAAAAGUGACAUCCUGUCGAGCGUGUCCAUUUUUGUGAACAAACUUGUUGAAAACUUGAAAUUUAGUGACAGCUUUAGCGUAGCUCUUUGAAUAGGCCCGCAUGUACAUGUAAGUCAGCAUUUGUAUGGCACGUUUACUGCUGUGUUAUUGAAGUUAAUUGAAACUCACUGUCAGUAUUAUAAGUGUUGUUUUGCUCUCAAGUAAAGAUGUCCUUACCUGUAUAAAGACCACAGAUGAUUUUUACUGUGGAUUUUUAAUGAAUACACUCAGAAAAUGUGCUUGUCGGAUACUUUUGCAUCGCAUUGAGAGUACUUUGAAAUUUGGUCCAUCUCACUCCAGUAAGUUUUACAAACACAUAAGUCAGUUCAAAAUGCCCACAUUCAGGAUGCUUCCAAAGUAUUUCCAUGCAUGAGGAAUAAAAAGUUAGGCCUCUCGUUAUUUAUGAUUAAAGUCUGGUUGAUACUCUGCACUGAAGUGAACUUGAAUGUGGUUUUUGUAAAGCCAGAUCAAAUAUCCGUCUUGUGAUUUUGCAGAAGUGGAACACAUUUCAACCCAAGUGAAUUUCGCUUAACUUUCUUGUUCUCUUGUACCAGUAGUAUGAAAAAGCCUUAACCCUCCAGCCUACUUUGGCUAGAAGCCCUGCCAGACAUCAGUCUGCAUCAUUGGUCAAAGUGGCUUGCCGGGCUAGUGUAACAAGAUCCAACAGGUCAACUCUCCCCAAGGCCAAACAGCCUGGGAGUCUGUGGUUGUCAGUCACCACAGGACCCACCAGUGGCAUUGUUCAAUGGGACGAGCUCCCGUUGUCUCAACAUAGCCAGUUUGUUGGGCUGCUGUUGAUUGCCCAGCCCAUCAAAGUGCAUCAGACUUUUUCACCUGAUGCCCUGUGCUGCGUCUGGUAGGGUUAGGGCUUAGGCACAGCUGUAAUAUAAAUGCCCAGCUCCGCCUCUCACUGGAAUCACUCACGGAAGGCAGGACAGUGCUAGCUAGGUAGCAGAAGGGCUCCAACCUGUUACAGAAUGCUGUACAUUUUCGCCCCAAUUAAAAUUUACAGUUUGCCACUUCAGAUACAUUCCAGUAUUGCUUUGUAAUGCCAUGAGGUCCAUACAAAUAGUUGGGAAGUGUUAAUGUUUAACAAUACGGUUCUUAAAACUUGAGGAUACAUGUAUUUCACAAUGAAGCUUUGUCUUGAGAGUACAACUAAUGGAAUGAUUGAAAAGAUAUUUCAAACUGCGUGUUGUUACAUUUUCGAAAUUGGCUGGAAAGCUGUGUAAAAAGCACUGUGUUGUGUUUUGAAGCCAAAUUCAAAUUUAACUUCUUUUGCAUAAAUCUUUGUUUAAUUUACUUGUGUGGCAUUGUUAUAAAUGUCCUUGUGAUCACAGCAGAGUUGGCAAAAUCGUCCUCUUGCCACAUCAACAUGAAUUGUUGACGGUCUUUGUGAUGCAUUCCGCUUCUUACUUCAAAACACACCAAAGGGACAAGUACAUAUACAGCCAAUUAUUGUGACCUUCACAUUUUAAUGGUUCAGUACUUGAGAGUUAUUUUCAUGUCAAAUUCAGUGAUGCAUCUUGAUAACCAUGUGUACACGGCACUUGUACCCGUGUAAACACAAAAAACCUGAACAUGUCACAGGUGUACCGGAUUCUGCCGCUGUGAGUAGACUUGUAGGAGAUAAAAGGCUAUUGUAUUAUAAAUUGAAGACACCGGCAGAGAACACCACAAAGUCUGCUGCUGGCCAUGGACAGGGCAUACAUCUGUAAAAUGCUCAUGUUCAAAUAGACACCUGAAAGGUACCUACAUGUAUUAAGUAUGCACACAUUUGUAC